CUGUGCGCGCGCUUAGUAAAUGGAGCACUAAACGGCCUGAAUUUGGCAACAGUGUUCCUCGAUCACGGGGAGGGGGGGAUUCAACUAUUCCUCUCCUACCCCCCAAAGUGCCAACGAGACUGGCAUUUAUAAAGAAAAGUAGAAGUGCUGCACCUUUGCGCAGCGGCCGCCUUUAGCUGAAAGGUCCCCUCUGAGUGCACAAAGGCAGCUGCUGGAGGAACUGUUCAGCGAGAGACGAGCCGAGCGCUGAGAGGCGUAAUAAACAACCCCCGGUUAGCUACAGACAGGGACGCGGACUCGAAGUAGCUCCCCGGCCCAAGCCCGUAGUUUUACUCCGUGAAACCGGAUUCCAUCGCCAGGUUAAGACUUAUACAGUGUUGUUGCAGGUGUUUGGGUAGAGAGAGAGCAGCAUGGUGAAGGCCAAAUCCGCUCCGAGGAAGACCUCUCAGCAACACACGAAGAGUUCCAGCAGGAUGGAAGUGGAGAUGGAGGAGAUCCUCCAGGACGAGCCCCAACCUGAGCCUGAGAGCCAUGUUACCAGAGACCAGUGCUGCCAGACAGACGAGCCACAGCCCAGCAGCCCUAACCCAAUGACUGACCUUAACCCUGGCCCUGACGCAGCCCCCAGGACACCAGGGUACUGCGUGGAGCCAGGCGACCCUCCUCUGUUGCAGCAGCAGCUCCAGACCUCCAAGUCUGGCAUCCAUCAGGUCAUAGAGUGCUUCCGCUCAGGUACUGCCCAGCUGAAGCACAUGCUGCUGAAUGAGGUGGACACCAUCUUUGAGUGUAAGAUAUGUCGCAGCUUGUUCCGGGGCCUGCCCAACCUCAUCACCCACAAAGAGUACUACUGCCUUACCAGACUGUCCAAGCCCGACGAUCCAGCGGGCGAGGGUGACAAGCAGAGCGGGGCCAUGAAGGACCUCCUGGAGGCCAUCUACCCCAGGAAGGACCGGCCGGACUACGUGAUGCGCCUGGAGCCAAUCCAGACCUCUAACAACGCUGUAUUCCAGUUCCUGUCCUCAGAGGAGGAGCUGGCCCACUUCCCCCGGGCUCCACACACCCCUGGAGGGACACACACACACAGCCCUGAGCCAUGGGGGGAGCAGGGAGGGACACCGGAGAAUGGACAGACAGGAGAGGGGGAGGAGAGGAGGAGGAGGAGUGACCAGGAGGAGGAGGAGGAGGGAGGAGAGGAGGCGGCGCAGCCCGAGGAGGAGGGGUCUACGAGCGGGGUGGAGGACGUUACCAUCUCGUGCUGCCUGUGUGGUAAGGACUUCAACUCUCGCCGCAGCAUCCGCCGCCACUGUCGCAAGAUGCACCAGACCAAGCUGGAGGAGCUCCGGAAGUUCACCGAGACGCGCACCGUUCCCAUCAGCCUCCUCUCCAUGGUCAAAGGUCGGUCCCGCCCCUUGCACACGCCCAGCGGCAAGUCCUGCCCCGUCUGCUUCAAGUCCUUCGCCACCAAGGCCAACGUGCGGCGCCAUUUUGACGAGGUGCACCGCGGCCUGCGCCGGGACACCAUCACGCCGGACAUCGCCACGCGCCCCGGCCAACCGCUGUCCCUGGAGGCCACGCCUCCCCGCAAGAGCGCCAACUCCUCCCCCACGAGAGGCCACACCCCAAAGAGCGGAGGAGCCGCGGGUGCUACCACCCCUCAGCCCCCCAAAGCCUCCACCGCGGUGCCCCCCGCCCCUUCUCUCCUGGCAUCGGCCCUGUACAACCUGGCCUCUUGCCGCUGUCUGCUCUGCAAGAGGAAGUACAGCUCCCAGGUCAUGUUAAAGAGACACAUGCGCAUCGUCCACAAGAUCUACAAUCUCAAGAACCUCAAGAACGUUAGCUCCGUCUCCGUGACCACGGCCGCAACCACAUCCAUGGCGACCAACAAAAACAACAGCAGCAAAACAACGACCAACACUGACAGCACCCCUAGCAACAGCACCCCUAGCAACAGCACCCCUAGCAACAGCACCCCUAGCAACAGCCUGAGCGUGAAGGAGGAGGCGCUGGAACCCUGGGACGACCCUGACUCCAGCCCCGCCUCGUCGCCUGGCGACCCGGACGGGAAGGACACGGACAGGAAGGGUGUCGCCGUGGCAUCCAAGGCAGGUCAAAAGAUCAAAGAGGAAGAGGGUGGCAGCAGCCCCAAGACAUGGACUCGUUCCACGUCCAUCAACAGCACCGCUGGUACUAGUAGUGGUAGUGGGACUCUUGGGAGACCCCCUCAGAAGCUCUCGGUGGGGUUCGACUUCAAGCAGCUGUUCUGCAAGCUGUGCAAACGUCAGUUCAGCUCGCGCCAGAACCUCACCAAGCACAUCGAGCUGCACACGGACGGCACGGACAUCUUCAUCAAGUUCUACCGCUGCCCGCUCUGCCGCUACGAGUCCCGCCGCAAGCGCGACGUCCUGCGCCACGUGACGGUGGUGCACAAAAAGUCCACGGGCUACCUGGCCAAGAUCGUGCCCAAGCUGGAGUCGCGUGCGGUCAAGCGGCCGGCUGAGGUGGUCCUCAACUCUCCCCCCAAUGCCAACAACAACAAGAGAGGAGGAACAACGGUCAAGGAGGAGGUGAACGGGUGCCACUCGGCCCACUCUCCCCCUACGCCCCCAGUCACCCGCAAACAGGAGCUCCUCAACUCCUCCUCCUACCCAGUCACACGUAAACAGGACCUCCUCUCCUCCACCUCCUCCUCCACUCCGGUCACUCGUAACCAGGAGAGACAGGAGAGGCAGCAGGAGGCCCAAACCGGGUCACCUGUCACCCGUAAGAACGACAAACACCCCGACACCCCCACCACGACGCCCCUCCACACGCGUCGCCAUGACGCCCACCAGGAGAGCAGCAGCAGUAGCACAGAGGUGCGUGUCACCAAGAACUUCUCGCUCCACGCGUGUGACGUGUGCGGCCGGGCCUUCGCCAAGAAACUCUAUCUGGAGUCCCAUAAGAGGAGCCACCGGAACGCCACGCCACCGGUCAGCACGCCGCCCAGCGACACCAGGGCUAAGGGGGUCAGCACUCGGUCCAAGGCAAUGCUCUGAUCCCCAGUCUCGUCUCACUCCUGGUUCUUGGGAGCCUCCAUCCUGAGAGGAGAGACUUAACGGAUGAAAGAGCACCACUAACGAUGAUGAAGAAAGUAGCUGGACUGGAAAAGUGGUGGAAACGAAACACAGCGAGAGAGAGAGAGAGAGGAAGGGGUGAAAGAAGGGGAGACUUCACUUCUAAGGGACCAAAUGUAUUGCUGGAAUCCCACACUAGAAGAAUGAUGCCAGAGUGGAGUCAGUGGACACUCAAGGAGCCAUCUGUGGAGGCACCGAUGCUAUCACACUGCUGUGUGUAGGUUACCAUCACUGUAUGUACAUGUAGAUCCAUAUAUAUACACACACAUGGACCUGGUCUAGACCUGAGCCUGUAUAAACCUUAGGGGUGGGGGGAGAAGAGGGCAGGUUUGGGAGCGCUCUUAGCACACCAUAGAUAUCCCAUAUCUGACCAGCAGAGGGUGUUCCACUUCUGCUUUAUAGGAUUAGACUUUAAGGUCGGGCUCUCCAACCCUGUUCCCGGAGAGCUAACCUCCUGUAUGUUUUCACUCUAACCCCAGUGGUAUCUUGCCUGAUUCAUCUUAUCAACUAGCUAAUUAUUAGAAUCAGGUGUGCUAGAUUAGGGUUGGAGAGAGAACCUACAGGAUGGUAGCUCUCCAGGAACAGGGUUGGAGUGAAAACCUACAGGACGAUAGCUCUCCAGGAACAGGGUUGGAGAGACCUCCCCUGUAUGCUGUGAACUUGACCCAGCCAGAGCCAGCAGUAGUGAUGUUAGUUUAUUUCCCCAGCUCAUAGUAGGCUCAUAGUAAGCUAUCCAUCCACUGGAAAGGACUGGGAAGGACUCCAUACUGACUCAGUUCAUCCAGAUAGGCUUUAGUUUUUCUGGCAUUCCAAGAGAUAUAGUUUGGGUGAUUAUCUGACAGAGAAAGACAAGUAGGUAGCUGACCAGCGAUACUCUGGCACAUUGAAGAGACGGUGACCAUUGAUUGAUUGAUGAGUGGCUAUGGCUGUGUUUAAACAGGCAGCCCAAUUCAGACUUUUUUUUCACUAAUUGGACUUUUGACCAAUCAGAUCAGCUCUGAAAAAGAUCCGAUAGGCAAUCCUCAUGAAACUGUAAAAAAGAAAAAAAUGAAUUCAGGUGUAAUUUUUCCUGGAAUUUCCUCGUGAAUCACUGAGAUUAGGAUCUGUGCUUAUCUAUUUCAUAAUUAUUAUACUUUUUUAAAAUCAGAUAUUAUGCAUUUUACCAACCUUUUCACAAAACUCUCAUUACCGUAACAGUUUUCGAAGUCCCAAAAAGUUAUAUACACUGCUCAAAAAAAUAAAGGGAACACUUAAACAACACAAUGUAACUCCAAGUCAAUCACACUUCUGUGAAAUCAAACUGUCCACUUAGGAAGCAACACUGAUUGACAAUACAUUUCACAUGCUGUUGUGCAAAUGGAAUAGACAACAGGUGGAAAUAAUAGGCAAUUUGCAAGACACCCCCAA